AUGCCGAAAAGCACUACAUUUAUUGCAAAUCAACAACGUAUAUUUAAUAUUUCAAAAGAGAAUAAUAAUAAUUUUCAAUCAUUAGUCAAUUUAUUUCUCGUUGAAAACAAUCAACAUCGAAGUUUUUCUUGUCUUGAUCAAACUAUUCGUCGAUUAGAUUUUGAUUUUUAUAAUGAUCUUCUUCCAAUUAUAGCCAAAUGGGCAUCUGAUCAUACACAAAUAAAAUCUAUUGAACCACUUCAAGCAGGUCAAACAUCUAGUGUUACUUAUACAGCAGCACAAGCACGUUAUAUUCUUGCCAAUGCAUUUUUUCUUAACACAAAACCAGGAUAUGGAAAUCUUGAUUUAAAUGAGUUAUAUAAUUCAUUAUCAAAUGAUUUAGCUAUUGAAAGAAUACGAUGUCUAAUUGAAUAUUUUCGACUAUCAUCAAUGCAAAAUGAUGAUCGAUUAAUAUCAAUUGAACGAUAUACAUAUGGUCAUGAAUUACCAGAUUGGAGCAAACAAAAGAAACUUAUAGAAUCAUCUAAAAUUCAUAUAACUACUAAUCGAAUGGAAGAUGUUAGUGAAGCACAAGGUUUUGUUGAUUUUGCUAAUCGAUCUAUUCAUAUUCAUCGAAUUAUUCCAUCGGCUACACAAGAAGAAGUUUUAUUUAGUUGUUGUCCAGAAGCAUUUUUAUCUAUUCUUGUUUGUGAUACUUUACGUGAUGAUGAAAUAGUUAUUCUUCGUGGUUGUAAACGUUUUAUUGAUUAUGGUGGUUAUGGAGAUACAUUCUAUUACAAGGGUCAUUAUCAUGAACAAAAUCCAACAUAUAUUCAAGAUAUUCUUAUUCUGGAUGCUUGUUAUAGUGAUCAUUUUAGUCGAAAGAAUAUUGAUCGAGAUUUAGGAAAAGCAUUGGCUGCAUUUGAAAAAUCAAAAGAUGAAAUUAUUGUUACAGGAAAAUGGGGUUGUGGUGUAUUUGGUGGAGAUUUAAUAUUUAAAUUUUUACAACAAAUUUGUGCAACUAUGCUUGUUGAAAAUCAUCUUAAAAGAUUGAAUUAUUCUGUUCGUGAUAAAGAAAAUUUAGCAAAAAAACUUAAAAAUACAUUGAACAAAUUGGAACUAAAUAAACAAACAGUUGCUGAUGUUUACCGUAUGAUGACUAAUUAUAGUCAAAAUAACAAUAAACAUGAUAACCACCAAGAAUUUAGUGAUUAUUGUGAGACAUGGCUUAAUAGCUUAUAA